AUGAUAGAAGCAGUCAAACACAAGUACAAUACUCAGGUCGGAGAUGAAAUUGAAAUCCCUGAGUUCCAUGUCUUCUUCAACUAUCAAGUCGGUAAUGAUUUCAAUACCCUGUUCAAAGCACUUCCUUCAGAUAGGCAAUACAUGGCAGCUGGAGUUCCAGGCUCUUUCUACGGCCGGCUUUUCCCAAAAUCAUCGAUGAACUUAAUCCAUUCAUCCAGCUCGCUUCAUUGGCUCCGAAGGGUCCCUGAGGGAGUUAUGAACAAGGACUCCCCUUCCUGGAACAAGGAAAGAAUCACAUAUGCGAAGAGUCCCACUCAGGUGGUCAAUGCUUUCGGAGAUCAAUUUUUCAGUGACUUGGAAGAUUUCCUGAAAGCCAGAUCAGAGGAACUAGUUCCUGGUGGAUUAUUCGCAAUCUUAAUGUUGGGCAGGCCUGAGGGUACAUUGCCUCCCGAGGCGAUUCCUGUUAAUGUCAUCGAAUGCUUAGGUGAUGCAGGCGUAAUUGGAGAAGAUUUAGUGGAUUCGUUCAAUGUUCCGGUCUUCUUUCCGACACUAUCUGAAGUUCAACAAGUGUUGGAUUCCUUUGAUCAGUAUCUGACCAUUGAACAGCUGCAAGAAAUACGGUCUCCACCCUGUAUUGAUAUACGGAUUUUGAAUGUACAUUAUAGAGCACUCCUGGAAGGCAUUGUCUGUGAACAUUUUGGUCCAAAGUUGACAGAUGAAAUCUUCGGCAAGUUCCCUCACAAGCUUGAAAGUUUUCAGAGACUAGAUUUUACCCGUGUUGGGAAAACUGCCCAUCAGUUUGUUCUGGUUAAGCGCAAGGAAUUCACACAAUAUUAG